AUGGCCACCAUCCAGUCCGAGACCGACUGCUAUGACAUCAUCGAGGUGCUGGGCAAGGGCACCUUCGGGGAGGUGGCCAAGGGCUGGCGGCGAAGCACGGGCGAGAUGGUGGCCAUCAAGAUCCUCAAGAACGACGCCUACCGCAACCGCAUCAUCAAGAACGAGCUGAAGCUACUGCGCUGCAUGAGGGGUCUGGACCCAGAGGAGGCCCACGUCAUCCGCUUCCUCGAGUUCUUCCACGACGCCCUCAAGUUCUACCUGGUCUUCGAGCUGCUGGAGCAAAACCUUUUCGAAUUCCAGAAGGAGAACAACUUCGCACCCCUCCCUGCCCGCCACAUCCGCACGGUCACCCUGCAGGUGCUCAGAGCCCUGGCCCGGCUCAAGGAGCUGGCCAUCAUCCAUGCUGAUCUCAAGCCCGAGAACAUCAUGCUGGUGGACCAGACCCGCUGCCCCUUCAGGGUCAAGGUAAUUGACUUUGGCUCAGCCAGCAUUUUCAGCGAGGUGCGCUAUGUCAAGGAGCCAUACAUUCAGUCGCGCUUCUACCGGGCCCCAGAGAUUCUGCUGGGGCUGCCCUUCUGCGAGAAGGUGGACGUGUGGUCACUGGGCUGUGUCAUGGCCGAGCUGCACCUGGGCUGGCCCCUCUACCCGGGCAACAACGAGUACGACCAGGUGCGCUACAUCUGUGAGACCCAGGGCUUGCCCAAGCCCCACCUGCUGCACGCCGCCCGCAAGGCCCACCACUUCUUCAAGCGCAACCCCCACCCCGAUGCUGGCAACCCCUGGCAGCUCAAGUCCUCGGCCGACUACCUGGCUGAGACCAAGGUGCGCCCCCUGGAGCGCCGCAAGUACAUGCUCAAGUCACUGGACCAGAUCGAGACGGUGAACGGUGGCGGGGCGGCCAGUCGGCUGCCCUUCGCGGACCGCGAGGCGCUGGCGGAGCACGCCGACCUCAAGAGCAUGGUCGAGCUGAUCAAGCGCAUGCUGACGUGGGAGUCGCAUGAGCGCAUCAGCCCCAGCGCUGCCCUGCGCCACCCCUUCGUGUCCAUGCAGCAGCUGCGCAGCGCCCACGAGACUACCCGCUAUUACCAGCUCUCCCUGCGGGGCUGCCGCCUCUCGCUGCAGGUGGAGGGCAAGCCGCCCACGCCGGUGGCAGCUGCGGCGGAAGACGGGCCCCCCUACCACCGUCUGGCUGAGGAGGAGGAGGCUGUGGGCAUGGGCAGCGUGGUGGGCAGCGGGCCCUUCUUCUGCGAGAAGGCGCCGGGCGUGCAAAGGGCCAUUGAUCAGCUGGACGACCUGAGCCUACAGGAGGUGGGGCGGGGGCUGUGGGGCGAGAGCCGAGCCGACGUGGUUCCUGACAUGCUGGCUCCUCUCAAGGCCGCCGCCGCGGGCCGCCGUGUGCCCGACUCGGGCCCCGAGCCCAUCCUGGCCUUCUAUGGCAGCCGCCUGGCAGGCCGCCACAAGGCCCGCAAGCCACCCGCAGGCUCCAAGUCUGACUCCAACUUCAGCAACCUCAUCCGGCUGAGCCAGGCCUCCCCUGAGGAUGAUGGAUCGUGCCGGGGCAGCGGCUGGGCAGAAGGAGAGCGCCUCGGGGCCUCCGCAGAGCUGCCCACCCUCCCGCAGCGGGAUGGGGAUGGACCAGACAUCAAGGAUAUGACCAUGGAUGCUGAUAGGCCGGGCCCUGAGCUCUUCGACCCCAGCAGCUGUCCUGGGGAAUGGCUGAGUGAGCCAGACUGGACCCUGGAGGGUGUCAGGGGGCCGCGGGCUCAGGGGCUCCCACCCCGCCAUGCUCACCCGCACGGCCCGCCCCGGGCCACCAGCUUUCUGCAGCACGUCGGUGGGCACCAUUGA